CCUCACACAGACCACGUCUGUGCGCUGCUUCACUGGGUUCACGCUUGAUGGUGACCGAACUCUGACAGACAUCACUGGUUGGAUCCAGUCAGCCGUUGGCAUGGGCUCCAUGGAGGAGGAGCUCACCUGCCCCAUGUGCCGCGAUCUCUUCAACAAGGCCCACUUGCUGCCCUGCGGCCACAGCUUCUGCCCUGCCUGCGUGCGGGAGGCCUGGGCCCCCAGAGGCACGGGGCAGGAGGGCAGGAAGGGCCGCUUCACCUGCCUGCAGUGCCAGGAGGAGCUGCGCGUGGUCCUGUGCGACAGCUGCCCGCCCGGGUGCGAGAAGGAGCAGGCCGCUGCGGUCAAGACCUGCCUGCGCUGCGAGGUCUCCCUGUGUGCCCAGCACCUGCAGCCACACCUGGACUGCCCCGCCUUCAGCUCACACCUGCUGGUGGAGCCGCUGGGAGACCUGUCCCGCCGGAGGUGUCCUCAGCAUAAGGAACUGUUCCGCUACUUCUGCAGUGACGACAGCCUGUACCUGUGUGCUGACUGUAUCCUGGACGGGGCUCAUCGACAGCAUCGUGUCAGGACCCUAAAAAAGGUGGAGGAGGAAUUUAAGUGUACAUUAAGAGGCCUUCUUCAGAAAGCACAAGAUAAAAUGAAAGAGGGGGAGAAGAUUCUCAAGGACCAUGAAAAAACAUUACGUACACUGAAUGAGUCUGUGGAGACGGAUCAGGCCCAGGCGGAGAGGCUGAGCUCCGGGCUCCAGCUGCACGUGGAGCGGCUGGUGUUGGCUCUCAGAGAGAGCACCCAGCACGAGAGGCAGGACGCCCUGCAGAUCCUGCAGGAGGACGGUGGCCGCCUCAGGGCUGACCUCACCCAAACCCAGGCCAUCUACCACUACGUGACCGCGCUCCUGGACGAGAGAGACCCCUUCCUGCUCAUCUGGGCAUUACAGUGCGAUGACUCAAAACUGAUGAAUGAUCUGAACUUGGCAAUGUUCAGCCCGAGACCAGCGAACAUAGACCGCAAGCGCAUUCUCGAGUACUUGGAGCACAAGUACCGCGAGUUCAUCACAGCCACCCUGCGCUGCCUGAGCGACCUCAAGAGAGAGCUGUUGAGCAGCCCCCUCAGUCUGGACCAAAACUCGGCCCACCCUCUCCUGAGCAUCUCUGUGGACCUGCGGACGGCCGAGCGGGUUAAGAUCCGCAGACAGCGUCCGGUCCACCCUGACCGCUUCGACCACUGGUCUCAGGUGUUGUCCUUGCAGGUCUUCUCGUCGGGAACACACUACUGGGAGGUGGAGGUCGUGGGCUUCUGGGACAUAGCAGUGACCUACCCAAGCAUUGAGAGGAAAGGGAAACUGGGCACAGCCUUUGGCAAUAACAAGGUGUCUUGGAGUCUUACACAGCAGCAUGACCGGAAACUGGCGGCAUGGCACAACCGCCGGAAGAUCCGUCUCUCCACACAGAUGACCGGCAACCGCGUGGCCCUGGCCCUGGACUACGAGGCGGGCACCAUCACCUUCUCAGAGGUAGGACCGUACUCUAGGCUGGCCCAUCUGCACACCUUCAGCACCACCUUCACCCAGCCCGUGUGCCUGGGCUUCGGCCUCUACAAGCCCGACCUCCACAGUCGCGUCUCCAUCGUCAGGAUGUCCCCAACCAAACAGACUCCCCCGCCAAGUCAGGACUCUGCACAAAGCAAGGGGUGCUCAGUCUAACUCCUGAAGACCUGACAUCUACCAUCAUUACUGCAGCAACAACUAUUUGAAAUCAACGUGGCAUGAUCUUGAAUAUUCAGUGCAGUUCAUAACAACUUACAUGUGUAAACCUAAUCAAGAGUGGCACUGAUACAGGAAGAGUGGGGACUGGACACCCAGUGGGAGGAUCCUGGCCUAGAGCUAGACUGAGAGGCACUGCUCACAAGAUGCUGUCCCUACCUGUCAAAUUGCCCUACACAAUGCACACAGAUGAGACUGUCAAUGUUUUGUUAUAAUGAACCAUCUACAUCCAAAACUUCACAGUUAGGCUUGUAACCAACAGAGGGGUGGGGACCUUUUUGGAGGCAGUAUCCAAAUCUACCACAAGGUGGUGACAUGUCAUAUAUUUUUGCUUGUCUCACUAUGUAGGAUAGCAUUAGUUUUGGUUCUAAUUUUUGGGGAGUUAAAUUUGGCCUUUGCAUGGAAAACAGGCAAAGUAUAAUUUAUCAUGUCUGUGAACCAUGACGUUUAAGCUUUUAAUUAAAACAUAAAUAAAUAAACAUCCAUUUAUAUGGACAUUAACAACCUCGAGUGAGUGAACAGACUGUCUAGAUUCUAGAUUCAUAGAAAUGUCAGAGUCUUGUUUGUGUUUAGGUAAAUGUGAUGUGCCUGUCAUUGAUUUUGUCUAUCUAAAUCAUGUCUGUAAUUGUUUUAAAGCCAAAUAUAUUCACACCUGUGAAUGUAGGAUGUUUAAACGGUACGAAAAGGGCUAUGUGUACUGUGUGUGUACUGUGUGUGUGGUGUGUGUGUGUGUGUGUGUGUGUGUGUGUGAGAGAGAGAGUGAGA